CGGCCGGAGGGGCGGCCGGAGGGGCUGCGCCCGGGUCGCGGGCGGGCAAACUCCGCGCAGGAAGACUGUGCUGCAUGAUGAAUUAAGAAGCGGAAGACCCUUCCUCUGAGUGAUGGAGAUGAGGGGUUCUGUCAUCUUCAGGAUGCAAGACGCUCAGCACUGCUGCAGGGAGAAGAACUUGAGCCCAGCCGACAGGGACACUGAGCAGUAUGAUUCAGAUGGAAGUUCAAAUUCUGAGGAUGUUGAUUUCAACUGGGAUGAAUACUUGGAAGAGUCAGGAUCCAGUGCUGCUCCUCACACAGCGUUCAGACAUGUUGAGAUCAGCCUCCAGAGUAGCUUCCAACCAGGAAUGAAGCUAGAGGUGGCCAACAAGCAGGACUCGGACAGCUACUGGGUGGCCACCAUCAUCACGACGUGUGGGCAGCUCUUGCUGCUGCGUUACUGUGGCUACGAGGACGACCGCAGAGCUGACUUCUGGUGUGAUGUGAUGAUGGCCGAUCUCCACCCCGUGGGCUGGUGCACGCGGAACAACAAAGUGCUGAUGCCCCCUCUUGCGAUCAAAGAGAAAUACACAGACUGGACAGAGUUUCUCAUACGUGACUUGACAGGCUCGCAGACAGCACCGGCGAAUUUAUUGGAAGGCCCUCUGCGAGGGAAAAAUCCUGUAGACCUCAUUACAGUUGAUUCCUUAAUUGAGCUGCAGGAUUGCCACAGCCCCUUUCAGUACUGGAUAGUUAGUGUUCUUGAAAAUGUUGGAGGAAGAUUACGCCUUCGCUAUGUGGGAGUGGAAGAGACUGAUUCCUAUGACCAGUGGUUGUUUUACUUGGAUUACAGACUUCGGCCAGUCGGAUGGUGCCAAGAAAAUAAAUACAGAAUGGAGCCACCAGCAGAAAUCUGUUCUCUGAAAACGAUGCCAGAAUGGCAGGCCGCUCUGGAUAAGGCCCUUAUGGAAGCAGCAAAAUUUCCCCUUCCAAUGGAAGUAUUUAAGGAUCAUGCAGACUUAAGGAACCACUUGUUCACAGUGGGAAUGAAACUGGAGGUGGUGGAUACACGAGAACCCUGCAGUGUCUGUCCGGCCACAGUGUCUAAGGUUUUUAACGACCAGUUCGUUCAAGUGACCAUUGAUGACCUCCGUCCGGAGGCGAGGGAAACCACCAUCCUUUGUCAUGCGGAUUCCUUAGGGAUCAUGCCGGCACAGUGGUGCCUGAAAAACGGAGUCCACCUGACACCUCCGAAAGGUUUUUCCAGCCAGGAUUUUGACUGGGCCGAUUACUUGAAGCAAAGUGGAGCAGAAGCAGCUCCUCAGUCUUGCUUCAGAAAUGUAUCCUUCAGCCGAGGCUUUACAAAAAACUUGAAGCUUGAGGCUGUGAACCCUAAAAACCCAGCUGAGAUCUGCGUGGCUUCUGUUUCUUCAGUAAAAGGAAGGUUGAUGUGGCUCCACUGUGAAGCUUCUGGAGAUUGCUUGCAAUCCAUUAAUAAUUGCACUGGAAAUUACAAAUCCAACAGUCAGAGCAAUCAAACUACCGGCUUACCGGCGCCUGCUCCAGAAUUCAUCGUCGACGUCGAAUCAAUGGAUGUAUUCCCAGUCGGUUGGUGCGAGGCGAACGCUUACAAGCUUUUGGCACCACAUAAAGCAGUUUUACAAAGGACGCGGAAGAUUGCUGUCGUGCAGCCCGAAAAGCAGUUACCUCCUGGAACACCUGAUGGGAAAAAUCUUCAUGACCCUUGCGUGAUUCCACAGGUAGACACAAUAGGCACCCUCAAUGGGAGAUACAGCUGUCCUACGCUCUAUGUCAACCACCGCUGCUUCUCGGGACCACACCUCAACCAAGGAAGACUGGCAGAGCUCCCUCAGUCGGUUGGGCCAGGCAAGUGCGUCCUGGUUCUGAAAGAGGUUCUCAGCUUGGUCAUCAACUCCGCUUACAAACCUGAGAGUGUUUUGCGGGAAUUGCAGCUGGUUGAAGAUUCCCGGUGGAAUUUCCAAGAGGAGAUUCUCAAAGCAAAAUGCCGAGGGAAGACCUACAGGGCGACCGUCAAGAUCGUCCGUACGGCUGACCAGGUCUUGGAUUUCUUCAGGAGAGUUUGCGCCAAGCUGGAAUGCUGCCCGUAUUUAUUCAGCCCCGUUCCAGUUACUGACGCCUGCCCUGAGAACUGCUCCGUCCUCUCCAGGACGAGAUACCCCUGCUCUGAUGGAAAAAGAGGGAGAGACCUGAAGCUUCCAACUGCGGAAAGUGACAGUCAGAGCCUGGAGAGCAGGCACAGCAGACCAGCCCGACGCAGGAAGAGGCGGAAGCUCAUUUUUGCCCAAAGGAAAAGGCGAUUGUCUACACCAGAUGCCUAUCCAGCAGAAUCUGCCGAGGAGAGUGACGAGAAAGAAGCAGAAGCUAUGGACAAUGAAACAUGGAGUGAGGAGACCAGUCCGGAAUGGCUCCAUGAACAGACAGACCUCCCUCCUGCAGAGUUGCCUCCGGUCAAACCCAGCAGGGCCAUGACAUUGCGCAGCCGUGCGGAUCUGGACCGAGUCACUCACACUGGGCGGGCAAGGAGCGCUCGGAUGGCGUUGUCCAUCUUACGGGCGAAAGGAGAGAGGAGAGAUCAUCUCAGACAGGAGAUAAAACAAAAACCAGGGGAGACGCUCAUUCUGGAGAGCAACCCCUUGGAGUGGACAGUGUCCGACGUGGUGAGAUUUAUCAAGCUCACAGACUGUGCUCCUCUUGCUAAAAUAUUUCAGGAACAGGAUAUUGACGGCCAAGCUCUCCUGCUGCUGACCCUGCCAACGGUGCAGGAAUGCAUGGACCUGAAGCUUGGUCCCGCUAUCAAACUGUGCCACCAGAUUGAACGCGUCAAACUGGCUUUUUAUUCCCAGUAUGGCAACUGAGGGCAGCCCUUUUCCCUAGAACUGAGUAACUCCAAAACACAUCAAGGCUGCUGCUGAGCAGACCCUCUUUUCUCCGUCCAAGAUUCCCGUUGGCGUUUGUCAAGAUUAGGAUCUAGCGAAGAAUCAUCCGUGAUGGCAGGGUACAAGAGCAAAGACAGAUAUGAUACAAGGAACCAGCCAGUAAACCAAGGGCAAAGAACCAAUUUCCACCCAAAGUCCAGAGUUCAACAUUACAGAAGCAUUUGGGGGCUUCAUUCCUCAGUGGGGCUGGACACAAAGGGAUGGGACCAACAAAUAUGAGUUUUGUUGUGGUGGUUUAGUUGUUAAGUCAUGUCCAACUCUUUGUGACCCCAUGGACCAGAGCACGC